AUGGGACGUGAGGAGCAUGGAGGGACUUGGCAUGGACGCAGCUCAACUGGAUACGCAAAGGAAGAAGGAGAAGCCAUCUUGAAGACCAGCUCGACCGUCUACUCGACCAACCGGUCGAGUUCCUCAACUCGACCGGCCAAGCUUCAACUCGAUCGAGCUGAGAAGUGUAUGCGAACUCGAUCGAGUCGGUCAACAGAAGACUUGGUCGAGCUAGAUUUCACAACGGGUAGAAAGAGAAGAGGGGAAUGGAAACCCUUUGGGAAUGGACUCGGUCGAGCUAGGCAAACUCGACCGAUUGGUCAAGGAGAUGCUCCAAACCGCCACCAACAGAGACAAGGGAUUGUUCCACCACCAGUGCAGAACCACAACUUUGAGAUCAAGCUGGGAAUGAUCAACCUUGUCCAGAACAAGAUGUUCCAUGGAUUGCCAAGUGAAGACCCCAUUGACCACCUUGAUGAGUUUGAUAGGCUUUGUGAUUUGACAAAGAUCAAUGGUGUCUCUGAAGAUGCCAUCAAGCUGAGACUCUUUCCUAUGUCUCUAGCUGACAAAGCUCACCAAUGGGAGAAGAGCUUGCCCCAUGGCACAAUCACCACUUGGGAUGAAUGCAAGAAGGCCUUUCUUGCUAAGUUUUUCUCCACCGGUCGCACAGCCAAGCUUAGAGGAGAGAUAUCCAGCUUCAUCCAGCGAAACAAUGAGACAUUCGCAGAGGCUUGGGAGAGGUUCAAAGGGCUACACAAGCAGGAUGUGGAUGAUGGUUGGCAGCUUGUGGAGAACAUAGCAAACUCAAAUGGAAGCUAUGGAGAAGAGUAUGAUCGCACCAACCGGAGCUCGACCCACCACUCGAUCGAGUCGAUGAGAAAUUGA